CACGAAUACUGGAAAACAAUCAAAGUCUAAGAAGUAUGUGCUAAAAAUUGUCAUUCCAGUGGUUACUUCAUCAUUCCUAAUAUUCUUGUUGGUUUAGCAUGAUAUUGAAAUGAAAGAAAAAGGAAAGUCCGAAGAUGUAGAAAAGGUACCAGAGAUUAGGACUCAUCAAUUAAUUUCUUAUCAUGAGAUUCAACGAGCAACAAAUAAUUUUGAUGGAUCAAAUCUAAUUGGCGUGGGAGCAUCUCGCACGGGGUACAUAGGUACAUUAUCUGGUGGAGGUGUAGUGGCCAUAAAGGUUUUGGAUUUGGAAAAUGAUCAAGUACGCAAGAGCUUUGAUACUAAAUGCAAAGUGAUGAAAAAUGUUAGAAAUCUUGUCCUGUGAUUACUACUUGUUCUAGUGACUAUGUAAGAGCCUUCGUUCUGAAAUAUAUGUCCAAUGGGAAUCUUUAGAAUUGGUUGUACAGAGAAUAUUGCCACUUGAACCUACUCCAAAGAGUCACUGUAAUGAUUGAUGCGGCUAUAGCAAUUGAAUAUCUACAUCAUGGUAAUGAAACUCUCAUAGUUCAUUGUGACCUAACGCCAGCAAACGUACUUUUGGAUGAAGAUAUGGUGGCGCAUGUUGGUGAUUUUGGAAUCUCUAAGAUUUUAGCCAUAAGCAAGUCCAUGGCACAUAGAGAGGCAUUGGGCACUCUUGGAUAUAUUGCACCAGAAUAUGGCUUGGAGGGAAUAGUGUCCACGAGUGGUGAUGUUUAUAGUUAUGGCAUCAUGUUUAUGGAGGUUUUGACAAAAAGAAGGCCAACAGAUGAAGAGAUAUGCAAUGAAAAUCUUGACUUGAGGAAAUGGAUAACACAAUCAUUUUCGGGAACUGUGCUGGAAGUGAUGGAUACCAAUCUUUUUUCUGAAGAAGAACAAAUCACUUCCAAAAGUGAAAUAUGCGUAGACUCCAUGAUAGAAUUACCUUUAGACUAUACAAAGGAAACACCAUAACCAUGAAAGAUGUAGUCAAUCGGCUUAACAAAAUCAAGAACAUCUUUUUGGAAAUUUAGCAUCUCUUUCGGUAUUGUUCUUUCUGAGCUGCAAGUCAUUGUAUUUAGAGUCAUCUAUUAUUUGUAAUUCAGAAGGUUGUAGCCCUAGCAUUUUGUAAUUUCAUUUGAGUGGUUUUGAACCUAUUUUACUUUUUUUUUUUUUUUUUUUUUUUAACUAUGUUUUGAAAUGAUUUUAAACAUGGCCGUGAUGGAAUGAAAGCAAAGGACUAG